UCCCUCUCCUUCCUCCUGUUUCCUCUCUCUCUCUAAAAGCAAAACCCACAGCUUGCACUCAACAGAACCUUCAAAAGAAUCCCUUCUCUUUCUCUUCUUCUCCCUCAACACACGCAACACUCGAAAGAGCACAGAAUGGCCACAAACCUCCUCACUUUCGGGCCCUCCGGCAUCCGAGCCUCCGCCUCCGCCGGCCACAAGAGACCCGAACAGAACCGCCGCCGGAUCUUCUCCUCCGCCGCCCCCUCCUCCUCCUCCCCCUCCUCCUCCUCCAACUGGUGGACCCCUCUCUUCGGGUGGCCCUCCGAGCCCGACUACAUUGACUCCGGCAGCAACAAGGCCGACCGCCGGGAGGACAAGUUCGAGCCCAGACCCGACCCGGAGCUCGACCCGAGACCCGCGAGGUCGUCCCGGUUCGCCCCGGGCUCCUUCACGGCCGAGAAGGCGAAGCAGCUGCGGAUCAUGACCCAGGACGCGGGGUCGUUCCACGACGCCAUGUACCACUCAGCGAUAGCCUCCCGGCUGGCCUCCGACUUCGGGAGCCGUCCCGAUCUAUGAAGAUCCGGCCCGGUCCGGUCCGGUCCGGUCUGAGUCGUCGGAGCUUUAGGAGCUCCCCUUCUCGUGUCACCGGAUCUACCCUCUUCCCGUUUCUUGUUCCUCUUUCUCUUUCUAGCUUUUGAUUCUCGAUGUAUGCGUCCAAUAUUAUAGGCGACGCAUCUGGUAUAUGAUUUAGUGGUGUGAUGUGAUUAGAACUUAGAAGAGGGUUCUGAUGUUGAACCCGAAGAAGCAUGUAUGUGAUUGUCGGUGCAUAAAAAAUGUGUCUUUCAGAA